AUGUCAGAUCUCAGAGAUGGGCCUGAUUAUGCAGGCAAUGGCAUGGACACGAGCGCAGACACCCAGACGUCGCUCUCGACGGGCGGUACCCCUUCUGCGACUCAGCGCAAAGCAAAUCAAGCCUCCCCGUCCGACCAACCAAAGAAGAAGCGCAAAGUGAAUCAUGCUUGUGUCUAUUGCCGUCGCUCGGAUCGACCCUGCAAGCGCUGCAUCAAGAGAAACAUCGGACAUCUGUGUCAUGACGAGCCAAGAGACGGACACGGAUAUCAAAAGAAAUCAAAGACCGAUUCAGAUACUGCUACGGGGGUCGACGACAAUUCUCCUCCAAAGGAUGAAUUUCCCACGGCACCAAGCUCCGUGCCUGCACCCGCGCUGAUUGAUGAAUCCGGCCACAAUAUUCUGCAAGAGAAUAGCAUUGGGCUGAGACCCUCCACGAAUGACACGAUGCCAGUCUCGAAUCCAAAUGCGCCGACGCCAACAGUAGGGCUCAAUGGAAACGCCCAACCUCAUUUCAAUUAUAAUGACCCGUGGCUCGGAGUUCAGAACAGAUUUCACGACAUGCAUACCUUCCACCCAAAUUAUAUGUUUAAUGCUAACGAGGUCACGGACGAGUACAAUUUGCUCAACGACUUCCUCAGCAACAGUUUAUUUGAAGAGACCGGCAUGUAUUCCACGGACGAGUUUCAAGGGCCGUUCAACGACCCGUCUUUCAUGAACACCAUGGCGGCAUCAACGCUCGGUGUGCAUCCUCCUGAGACCAUGCUCCCACAGGAACAACAACUUGACGGUUCGACCGCGGCUCAGAACAAUGCUGCUCACGGAGCCUUGAUUUCUAGACCGUCCAGCGUGAAGCCCGUUUCGGACAAGGCGCGAGAGAAAUACUACAUGAUGGCAGCAGAUCCGACCGGGGCAGAACCACCAGAGGAACGGAUGCAAAAACUACUCAAAGCCAAGUACGACGCCGGAAUGCUCAGACCUUUCAACUACGUCAAUGGUUAUGCCCGGCUCAACAAGUACAUGGAGAAGAACAUGAAACAGUCGUCACGUCACAAGAUCUUGAUGCAGCUAGAUCAGUUCAGGCCGAAGUUCCGAGAGAGAAUGCAGAGCUUGACCGAUAUUGAGCUUGUGCUGGUCGAGAUGUGGUUCGAGAGGAGUUUGAUGGAGUACGAUCGGAUUUUCGCUAGUAUGGCGAUACCGGCGUGCUGUUGGCGCAGGACCGGAGAGAUCUUUAGAGGCAACAAAGAGAUGGCAGAGUUGAUAAAUGUGCCUAUCGAGAGCCUCCGUGAUGGUAAACUUGCAAUUCACGAGAUCAUCGUCGAGGACCAGCUGGUUAGCUACUGGGAGAAGUUCUGUGCGAUCUGCUUUGAUCAGCAGCAGAAGGCUAUGUUGACGAGCUGUAUGCUACGAACGCCAAACGCCAAUGGUGGACAGGGAGAAGAGAUCCCCUGUUGUUUUUCUUUCACGAUUCGACGAGACAACCACAAUAUACCAUCCUUGAUUGUCGGCAAUUUCUUGCCCAUGAAUCCGCCAAAGCAUUAA